CAAAUCACCGAGUUUACUGAACCAGUGCGCACGCGUUACUGUACUAUAACACUGUAUUGUAUUCCCUCGAUUGUUUAUGUGUUCAUUUAAACGAAAAGAAGUGAAUUCUAUUAAGCAAAUCGUCGCGAUUUAGUUUGUGGUUGCUGUUUUGAAUAAUGAUUAUGUAAACGUGUUUUGGACUUUGUUACCGUAAGAAGGACUACAAGUCCACAAAAUGGCGGUAAUUAGCAAGGAACUGUUUGAACGGGCCUGCGGAGAUGUGCCGUGCUCCGUAAUAGUACAUCCGUGGAAUGAAAGCUGCCUUCGGGCUUCACCGGAGACGUACUACCAGACAGCAAUUGGUAGUAUUAAAUUUUACUCCAUAGUUUAUGCGGCACAACUACUAAUGCAAACAAAGAAAUGGAAAAAGAAGGAGUUUUGGAAGAAAAUGGGCGAAUAUUAUAUAAGAUCAACAUUACUGGGAGCCGCUGUCACCGGCACAUACGCCAACAUGAGUUGUUUUCUUAGAUGGAUGCUGGGCAACAAAUUCACAUUUUACACCUACAACCGGAUACCGUUUACUUUGACCGGGCUAUACAUUUAUCUGGAGCCGCCCAGUAGACGAAGUUUAAUUAUUAAUUUAUUCUUCAAUUUGCUUGCUGAAUACUAUCUUCGGAGUUUGGAGAGAAGUGGAUAUUUGAAAAUAACGAAGGCGAAGCAAACGUUACUCUUUAUGAUCGGUAGCUCCCUCCUUUUCUACCUUAUGCGAUUGGAAGGAGACAAGGAACAACGGACUCCACUAUUUUGGCUGUACACACCAGAAAAGGUGAGACGGAAAGAGGAUGGCUCUAAGAACGUGUGUCCACAUGAAGGGCCGUGCCAUAAAUUUAUACUUAAGGGCUAUGGAACUUACUUCGGUAUUGGACUUGCCAUAUCUUUGGCCAGACUGAUCAUACCCAAAAUAAAAACGCCAAUAGAGGCUAUAUCGUCCAUAAGAGGGAAGCACUUCAAGAUGGCUUUAUUCUUCGGCAGUUAUAUUGGUAUUUACAGAGCUGUGGUUUGCUACUUAUGCCGUAAGCAAGGCUUCGACUCGGCGCUUUACGCGUUACCAGCUGGAUAUCUGGCGGGUUUGUCGAGUAUGUUCAACUCGUCACUUGGCUUGUCCAUUGCUGUGUUCUCAGGCGCUUUGAAGCUCUUCUCGACGAUUCUGUACGAAAAGAAGAUAUUGCCUGACUUCAUUCCUUUACCGGAACUUCUGUACUGUUACUGUCAGGGCACCUUGUUCCACGCACGCUUUAUGGACCCGGACAUUUGUCCAAAUUACGUUUUCAACCUAAUGAAAACCGUCAGUAAUCAUCGUUGCGAGUGGGUAUACGAAAAUAUAUUGGAUAUAAUAAAAAAUAUUCAAUAAUUUAAUACUGCGAUUCAAUGAAGAAUAGAAGAAUUUAACGGGUUUGGAUGGGGCUGUGACAAAAGAGGUGUUUGAUUUUGAGUUUAUUUAAAUGUAUAAUUUAAAUUGUGUUAAAUAAAUAAUAAAAUAAAAUAAAUCAAAAUAAUUUUAUAAUAGAAAAGAAUAAAAUUUACAUAAUAUAUUGUUUUUUUUUUAAGAUAAACCAAAUAAAUUCUUGUUUGUUUAUGAGAAAUAACAAAUUAAUAUUUCAUGGAAAACUGGGUAUUUUUUAAUUUAUUAUUUGACUGAUUGUAAAUAUUAGUUGUAAUAAAUUAUAAUUUUUA